AAUGAUAAUAGGCACAGUGCAAACUAAGAAAACACAAAAACAAAGCAAGGGUUUGCCCCAGGAAGAGCAAAAAGGGGUACAAGAAGGAAAAUGGAAUGAUAUACCUUGCUUUAGCAGUAAACUAUAUUUAUAUAACCAUAAUAAAAUAAACCAAAUAACUUCUUAACUUCAAAUGAGAGAAUAAUUAUCCUGGGACGGUGUGAGAAAGAGUGGAAGGUGAUGGUGAUCUAAAACUCCAAAGUCCUGAAUUCUCAGUGUCAACAAACACUGUUUAAAAUUAGUACACCAAAAAACUUUGAAAAUAUGCCAAUCAUAAGGAAAUAGUGAGAAUUCUAGAGGAAAUAACUCAAAGCAGUACCUAAGGAUGGGCAGAAUGAAAAGAGGAACUCAUUACAAAUUAAAAUUAAAUAAAAAGAGAAAUUAACUUAGGUCACACCAAAACAUUUUCAUGUCAACUCAACAGGAACUGAUAGAUGUAAUAUUAAUAAACUACCAGGUUGACCAAGGGAAAAUAAAGAUUUAUCAGUUAAGACAAACCAAUGGAGGGGAGAAAUGAAAGGUCAUAUGUUGAACAUUCAAAAGCUACUUAUAGUCAGGCAGAGUAUACUUAAGUAAAGCAAUAUUUAAACUGUGGAUAUUCCUAAAUCUCUGCCCUGGGCCCUCCUUCUGUUGAAUUUACAUUCUCUCCCCAGUUCACAGUAUCCAGGUUGAGAGCCUCCCUCACCGUGCUCUGCAGACCUGCAGCUUGCCUGCAAGGUUUUCACUCGGGUCAAGACAUCUCCCAGUCUGCAUCCCAGGCUAGAAGCCCACUGUCUCCUCACACCUAUGCUCCCUUCCAGAGCUCUAAGACAGCAGUGACUGGAAGCGCCUCUCCAGCUCAGAGCCAGGAUCCCAGUUUCAGAGCUAGACGCCUCUGAGCAGAGGACCAGAAAGCUCACAGUACUCCUCAGUAAUCCAGUCAUCAUCAACAUUCUUAACUGUCCUCGCUUGCUCCACCACCAUCUGCCUUUGGCCAGCUGCCAGAAAUCAACACAUGGUUUCCCAGAAAGAAAAGAAUCAAGGGAGCCAUUAGGAUUUAUUAAAUGUACUAUAACAUAAACAAAAUAUUCUUUCUUUGUGUAUGUUUGGUCUUGGCUAAAUUCAACUGUCUUUAAGAUUCCAGUUUAACCACCUUUUAAGAGACGUAGGGCAAAACUUGCACAAUUGAUUCAUAAAGGAAAAAACAAAAAACCUCAAAUUGAUACAAGCUAAUAUUUGGUCAGAUAAAAUUAUAAGCAAAUAGAAAGUUUCCCUGAUAACAUCAUAUCAAAAUGAAUUAACUUUCCUAAAAUUCAAUCAGAUUAGUUCUUAAAACAUCUUCCCACAAUCCCUCAGUAGAAAACCCUUUUUUCCUGGUGUUCAAAUCCAACCUGUUCAAAUCUAAGUAGAAGAGGAAGGUGAUAAGACAAAAAUCAGGCAAUCUGAUUAUCAUCUCUCGUUAGGACUCUGCCUUCUGAUUUUAGUUGCUUUAGAAGAAAAAGUAAUGCUCAACGUGUAGACUUCUAAAACAAAACAAAUUCUUCCCCAAAGGCCUAAAUUCCUGUUGUUGUUGUUGUUUUCUCCACCCAGUUACAGCUAAACCAAUCCAGAAGUAGUGGAAAAUGUUAAAACCAGCAAAGCAAGAGUAGAAAAGUCAGGGGGUAGCUGGAAAAUCUAUACAGGGAAAGUUGAGAAAGUAAAAAUUAGCCAUCACUUAGGCUUAGAUAACUGACACAAACCCAGCUGGUUGCAAAGUUAACAGGAAAUACUAUUUCUUCCAUGGACAGACUGCAGCUGUAAAGGGUGACAGUAACCCCUCCUGUAAGUAACUUCUGCUCUCUUUCUCUAAAAUGGUAGACUGUCAGAAACUCUGCUGUUUGAAAUUAUAUUACAAAGAUGAGACAUCCACUCUUACUUGAAGGACCUCUAUUUUGAUCGAUUUGAUUGAAAAUUCAGUAAAAUCUUGCUAUUUAAGACUCCCUAAAGAGAGAGGAACUGCCCUUCUAAUUACUGGAAAGUGUGAAGUAUUGAGCAAUAUAAAUGCACUUUGCUUUCAAAAGCAAACCAUAAUUCAAUGGAGUCUAAUACAGACUCAGUCCCUCAGCUCCACCUCUAAAAAGCUCUGAAAAGCAACACUUUUUUUUUUUUUUUGGUAAGUCUUAGAGAAGCUCUUGUAGUGAUAACACCUGCUCUAAACGGACACACAGCUAUUUAUAGUCUUUCUUUAUUCCACUUAGUGAGAAUAUUCAUGUUCUUAAAUGUAAAAGUGCAGAAAUAUUAAUGCAUGGAAUUACAGGAUUCUCUCCAGACUAUAUUGGAAUGGCAUGUAACCAGCACGGUCAACAUGUAUGUUUACCUUUCUAAAUUCUGAGCAAUGUCUUUCUCAAUUCUGAAAUUUAGAUUCUAAAUUUUAAUUCCAAAUUCUGAAAAAGCUUGAAUUCCAAAAUACGUCUUGGCACAAGCAUACUGGAUUAUAACUAUGGGCAAACAAUGUGCUAAAUAAGUGAAGUUCUACUAAGAAGUCUUCCAUUAAAAAAAGCAGAGAGAUUAGACCUGCAUUUAGAAUAUUAAAUAGGGGCCUAACAAAGAUCAGGGUGAUUCAUUUCUAAAGUGCAAAUCUAGAAAUAAAAUAACAUUUCUACCAAUUUCAUCUCUCAGGAAAGAUAAAGACCUAAAGUAUACACCCCAUUUUUAUCCUAGCUUAAAACUUUCUAGUUAUUAAGACUAUUAUAAAAUCCUAUUUUAUAUUUCACUUCAAAUACAGAGGCUUUUAAAAAAAAUCUUCCCACAAUCCCUCAGUAGAAAAAUCUCUUUUUUCCUAGUGUUCAAAUCCAACCUGUUCAAAUCCAAGGUAGAAGAGUAACAGGAUAAGACACAAAUCAAGUAAUUUGAUUAUAAUCUCUCAUUCAAAUACACUUUAAAGUGCACUUCAAAUACAGGGGGUAAUACAAAUCAAUUUCUGUUUUAAUGCAAGAGUUUUCUAAAUAUGUUAAAACAAAAGUGCCAUUCAGAACAAAAAUGAUUAGAUAAAAUAAUUUCAACUGACAAAGAUUUCUCACUUAAAACACUUAAUAAUUUACAUGUAUUUAAGCCUUUUUGAGCAAAUAUAAUUCUAUCUAUGCACUGCUCGGACUUUCACUGGGGAGAAGGAGGACAUCAAUGUAUUUAGUUGCAUUUAAUUAAAAUGCUGCCUGUGUAAAGGCAAUGAAUUUGUCCCUACUAAGACAAAGAAGUCACAUGCUAGAAUCAAUUCCAUUUCUUCCAGGAACUCUCAGGGAUUAAAUGGUUCAUUUUUUUUAUUUUUAAUACAAAGAAUCAGAUAUGGCACAACAUCUUCAACUCUUUUUUUUUUUUUUUUUACUACACGCUGCAAUGCUUUGAACUCUACUUGAGUUCAACUGAAUCUUUGCUAAGUCAGGCAAAACUCAUAAAAUAUUUUGCAACACUGUUUCUAAAGUAAAAGAAGAUUCAAACUCUCACUUCUCCAAUUGUCUUUCUAGUCCUUGAACAUUCAAACAAAAGAAUGGCUUGCAUUUGUAUAGUUUUUAGGUGGGCUUAAAAGUUUUGGACCCACAUUGCCAAAACCAGACAAACAGACAAAAAGAAACCCUUAACUAACUCAAAUUUACAUUUUACUACAUAAAACUUUCUUGCUCUCCAAGUUCAUUGGCUAAGUAAAUUAUUUGACAAUGAAAAUGUAUCCACAAGAGUAAUUAUGCUAAAUUUUAGUAGUGGUUCAGAAAGUUUGGUGUUUGAAUGCAACUACUGUUUCUUUCUGUAGUAGAAGAUUUGUCUAAGCUCAUAAGACGUCUGGACAUUUCUACUUUGAGUAACUUCGAUAAACACUGCGGCAUUUUCCAGUGGAUUCGUGUAAAUGGCCAAAGGAAAAUGUUCUAGCUCCAAGCUCAAAUUCCUCGCGCUGUGCCUGAUCCCAGUCUCGCGUCUCCCGAGGGCCGGGCCGCAACCGCACUUUCCGCGCUCCCUGAGGGCCUGGCCGCCCUGGGUUGUGGGUUGUCCACCUCACUGCCCGCACGGUCUGACCUCUGUCCCCUCCGCUGAGGCCUGAGCCCCUCUCUCCCGGCUCAGCUUCUGGAUCCUGAGCGCCGGUGCCUUCAUAAGAGUGAGGAAAGAUCUAGGGACAUAUCUGCUCACGUCCAUGAGAAGAGUGAUCAUUGAAUUUGUCACCGAAACCAGGACAUUUUUGAGACUGAAAGAGAUGAGUAUUAACAACUCAUCUCCAUCAUAUUCCAGGACAGCAGGUGUAAACCAGAAAUGUCUCAGGUGCGUCGUGGCUGAGGGUUGGAGCUCUCCAGCAACAUGCCCGAGCAGAGUAACGAUUACCGGGUGGCCGUGUUUGGGGCUGGCGGUGUUGGGAAGAGCUCCCUGGUGUUGAGGUUUGUGAAAGGCACAUUCCGGGAGAGCUACAUCCCGACGGUGGAAGACACCUACCGGCAAGUGAUCAGCUGCGACAAGAGCAUAUGCACACUGCAGAUCACCGACACGACGGGGAGCCACCAGUUCCCGGCCAUGCAGCGGUUGUCCAUCUCCAAAGGGCACGCCUUCAUCCUGGUGUACUCCAUUACCAGCCGGCAGUCCUUGGAGGAGCUCAAACCCAUCUAUGAACAAAUCUGUGAGAUCAAAGGGGACGUGGAAAGCAUCCCCAUCAUGCUGGUGGGGAACAAGUGUGACGAGAGCCCCAGCCGCGAGGUGCAGAGCAGCGAGGCGGAGGCCUUGGCCCGCACAUGGAAGUGCGCCUUCAUGGAGACCUCAGCCAAGCUCAACCAUAACGUGAAGGAGCUUUUCCAGGAGCUGCUCAACCUGGAGAAGCGCAGGACCGUGAGUCUCCAGAUCGACGGGAAAAAGAGCAAGCAGCAGAAAAGGAAAGAGAAGCUCAAAGGCAAGUGCGUGAUCAUGUGAAGGCCCUUCCUGCGGGAGGAGCAGCUGUGUGUCCCCAGCACCUCACUCCCCCGAAAUGACACCCACCGUCGUCAGGGUAGCAUGUAUUAUGCCCACGUGUUAAACAUUGCAUUUAAUCGAGAUGCGCCCUAUUGUCCUUAAGAGGGCGUUUCACACCACCAACAGUAAGCCACCCCCUCUGGAGUCACAGAAUCUGCCAGGCGGUUCAAGUGAAAACCAACACGCUCAGCAUCCCCGGGAACUGAGAGGUGCCAGCAAUUGCUGAAGGUGGCGAUGAACACCAGAAGGUGGGAGGGAGGAAGAACUGGUACCUACAAAGCAACAUCUACCGAGAGGACUAAAUGUCAUCUACGUGCAUGUGAGAGCGUGUUAACCCAGAGCUACCUGCACCAACCCCAGACAGAAGCCAAUCACGUCUUUGGGGGAGGGGAGGGGCAGGAAGAGGUGAGAAGAUCAGAUGGUCCAAAGUGGACCACACUUGGUCCAUUUUACACUUUUGUUAAAGGGGAUUAAAAAACACAGCUUCUCCCCCAAAGGGUGUUCAUUCUUAAUUCCCACCUGGCCUGUUAGGAGCCUUGCUACCCUGAGGGGAUGUGUUCACCUUACCUAGACCUAGUUAGGAAGUAUCAUUUUAAGCUAUUAGAGUAUUUAUCUUCAUGUGCAGGGAUAAGUGCACUAAUAGUGUGCUACUCUGUCAGAAGUUCUUCAGUUUUUAAGUGAGGAUAUCGUGACAGUAUUAAAACAUUGCAAUAAUGUUCCUGUGUGUUUUACAUCGAGGGUUUUAGAAAUGUGAUUUUCUUCUUUUGACUUGUGAGGAGUAUAACUUCUUUCAGCCCUCAGAUUUUAAAUACAAGCAAAUAAACUCGCUAUUUUUAGACGUUUUUUUUCCUCCAAGGUGGUUUUCUUCUCUUAAAUAACUCGAUCUGUACCCAGCUGGGUAGCAGCCAGCAAAGGCCAUCAGACAACCAGAAGCACAUCUGUUUUUGUAGUGUCACAAACAUGUAUAUGCCACACUUUGCACCUUAAUGAAAUACUUUGAAACAGAAGUUAUUCACUGUGUUUUUGAUGAUCUAUCUGUAUUGGAAAUAUAUUCCUGAAAAAUGCAUUUAAGUAAUAGUAAAUUCUCUUGCAUGUUCCAUUAUAUGUGUCUUCUAAGAGCUGUUCAAUACAGUAUUCACUCUAGAAACAAUUAUCUUUUUCUCCUAAUGAUUUUGUGUGCAUCUUUAAUCUUUCAAGCCAAAUUACAGCCAUUUCAGGUUUCCUGUGUUAGCUUGGGGAUAGGAUGGUGGCUGGAGACAGACAGGCUUCUCUGCCUGGGAAGAGCCCAUCAGCUUAAUUGCUCUGCCAUCGUAGAGCCUGGUUGGACUUGGCUUCCUGAAAACUCCCACUGAUAGUGCCUGUUAGAUCUCCUGUUUGUUUCAGUUGGCAGAACAUUUACUGGCCCCAACUGUGGCAUCAUCCUCUCAGCAAUCUUCCUGUCACCCGCCUGGCAGGCAGAAGAAGCUGCAUUCUCACGUGGGCCUGCCUGGGGGUGGGGGCUGCCUGGCUGUUGGGUGGCAGUGUCAGCACAGGUAGGGCUUAAGUUGAGGAUGUUUGACCGGGCCACCUCCUGCAACUGCUGUUUCUCCUGUCCCUCCUGUGCAGGGCUUGCAGCAGCAGCAGUGUGGCCAUCUCCAUCCCCCAAAGCACACUUGCUCUCUCGAUAUGUCCUAGUUUUCUUUAGCCUUUUCUGGUUCAGUUCCCUUGUCCUGAUCUCAUCCUCUCUGGUCUCCCAAUAACUCACCCUUGGGAUGUGUUUAGUGCGUGGGAGGUGCCUUUGAGAACUGCUUGACUCCAUGAUCUCCUAGAACAAAACUGCCCUGACUUUACAGGGGGAACACUCACGCUGAGCUGAGAAAGCAAAGUGGCAUGGGAGCCAGCUGGGGGUGCAGAGCAUUUGGGCCAGUCCCGUGGCCCCCUUCAAAUUCCUCAAGCAGGAUUGUUCUGUUCUAGAAAGCUGUUGCACAGCAUUCGCAAUGAGAUCUUUAGUUGGCGGAUUUUCUGGAACAUUUGUUUUUCAACUUGUCUCGAUAUUUUUUUUUCUGUUUCUAUUCUGAGAGAGAGAUGAUCAGGUUUUAAUUUGGGUAUAGGUUAAAUGGAAGAAGAAAUAGAACUUCAUGGCCAAAACAGAUGUAUAGAUUUUGAGUGGGUUCUUUGCUAACAGUAGAAUGCGAUCUUUGCCACUGACUGUAGUGUUAAUAAGGCUUUUAACGUGAGAUAUUCCUGCAAACCAUCCCAUUUCUACUGAUUGUAAGUCAGAAUUUCUUUUAUCCCUUUCAAAUCAGUUUCUACAUGUUUAAGUGUUUAGGGCUUCAUCAGCAUGAGCAGUUUGUAAUUACUGAAAAUCUGAUUUCAUUCAGGACACGUUUUUUUCCUUCAUAUUUUGCCUGUGAAUUUAUAGGCUAGGAAGGCUAUUGAAGCCUCAGUUAUGGGUCUUCAUUUUGAGGUCAUUUUCUAUGAGCUGAACUGAGGAUAUCGAUGGUUAUCUCAAAAUCAUCUUUUAGGAGCUCCCCAAUUGACUCAGGGUUUGAGGAGUUAGUAUCACAGAAUCAGAUUUUUUUAAAGCAUUUGUACGUUUCCAUUCCCAAAUAUGUAGCUGUGGUUCUUGAAAACACAUCCUACAUUGCAUAUGGGCACAGCAGUUUUUGACCCAGCCAGAAUAAGUUAAUAUUUAAUUAAAUAUUGCUUUGAAGAUGGCGCUCUGGGCAUGAGCAUGGGGCUCCAUGACUUCCCUUCUGUCCCCACGAGCCCCUCCUCCAUCCAGCGACAAGCCAUGGGCAUGCAUACAAUGCAGCAAGACCAACACAAGAGCAAUAUUGAAUUGUUCAUUCUAUCUAAAAUUACAUGUAUAUAAAAUAUAUAGUUUAUCUUCCUGCAUUUUUGAAGUAUAAAGUCAUAAAUUGUACAUAUCUGUAAGCUAGUAUAUUUGUUUCACUGUUUGUAAUAUUUAAGAAAUGCUCAUUCUUUGUAGAACAAAAAUGUAUUAAAUAUUUUAAAAAUUGCUCUGUGAUAAUUUUUUUCCCAAAAUUUGUAAUGUGUUGCUUCUACAUAAGUUCUCUGGAAAUAUCUACAACUAAUAGGACACAUGUACAUCCUUGAAGACACAUCCUAGAAUUCAGUACCCCACAAGGAAAGCGUGUAUACAAAGUAUUUGCAGAGCAUGACUUUUAUAUGUGUGGGAUACCAAUGUGUAUAUUUAUAUUUAAAGUGUAUUUAUUGUUACAAGUCUAUUCUCUAUUAUAUUUUAUUUACUCUGCGGCUAUAAAAAUCACCCUUGCAUACAAGUUUCUAGUUGCCAGUGAUGUUCUGGAAAUAAUGGGACAUAUUACAAUAAAGCUACAGUUAUGACACCCUG